AUGCGUGAGCUAACUAAUCGUGUGCACUUCAGUUUCAGUUCUGUCAAAGAGUCAACAUUAUCAGACAAAUGCGACUGCAUCGAGUUGGAUUUGGAUAAAUUAAAAGGCCACUGGGCGCAGCCGCUGUCGUCUAUUUCGUUGCAGCACGAUUUUCAGGAUGGAGUUGCCGAACUGUUUGAUUCUAUCGAUCCAGUGCAAAUUGAUUGUUCUAGCAUUGAAUGUCAGUGA